GGCAUUUACCAUUUCUCACCACACAGUCACACGAAACACCAUCCCGCUGCUCUAUCGUCUCCGUUGGUUAUUUUUUUUUAAUGUUUAUGUCGAUUUCCAUCUCAAUAUAAUAGCGUGCAGGAAUCAUUUCCGUUGAAACGAAAAAAUCAUACCGGGCUGGAACUGAACAAGAUUACUUUGUGUAGAAUCAGGGUUUUAGUCUUGUAGCUUUUCUUAGCCAUGGCUUUGGUCGGUAUAUUGCAAAAAACCUCACUUGGGGAUUCAAUAUUUGAGAUCGUUCUGUUUAUGGCUCCUAUUUGCAUUGCAGCUGUUGUUGGUCUGCUGGUGGGUUGGUCAUGGAAGCCCAAUUGGGCAAAUCUCAAGGCUCGUUGGUUGUCUUUGACCUUACGAAACUUGUUGACUGGUUCAACUCGAAUCCAAAACUUAACUUUGGUAGAAUCGCAACCCCCCAGCUCCGCAUGGAAUUCUGAGUCAGAAACUUCAGCUCCGAUUCCUCAGCUAUGGCCCCCCAGUUCAUUGCAGCCAAAAGGUGAAAAAUCAGGUCUUGUUGGUGAUAAUGAUCUUCACCAGUUGUGCCAAUUAGUGGAAGAAAAAGAUGAGGGCCCUGAUUGGAUUCACAUGAUGGAUCGGUCAACCUCAAACAUGAGUUAUCACGCAUGGCGCAGAGACCUUCAGAAUGGACUUCCGCAAUAUCGCAGUAGAAGUGUUUACGAGGAUGCCACUCCAGAAGUGGUGAGGGAUUUCUUUUGGGAUGAUGAGUUUAGGCUAAAGUGGGAUGAAAUGCUAAUACAUGCUGAAACCCUGGAGGAGUCUCCCACUACAGGAACUAUGAUGGUUCGGUGGGUUCGUAAGUUUCCUUUCUUUUGCAGCAAUAGAGAAUACAUCAUUGGCCGUCGAAUUUGGAAGUCGGGACAAACAUAUUAUUGUGUUACCAAGGGUGUUCCCAGCCCGUCUGUGCCACGACUUGAUAAACUGAGACGUGUUGAUGUAUAUUAUUCAAGUUGGUGUGUUCGUCCAGUUGAAUCAAAGAUAGAUGGGCAGCUGAGUUCAUGUGAGGUGUUGCUCUUUCAUCAUGAGGACAUGGGCAUACCUAGGGAACUUGCAAAACUUGGUGUUCGACAAGGCAUGUGGGGUGCUGUCAAGAAGAUAGACCCUGGCUUGCGCGCAUAUCAGAAACACAUAAGCUCUGAAGCCCCAAUAUCCCGUGCGGCCUUAAUGGCUCAAAUCAACACCCAAAUCAGCAUUGACAAGCUGAGGUCACACGAAGGGGAAAUCAGUUCAGUGGAGGUCCGAAACCCAAGUCCAACACUUUAUCCGUCAGGGAGGAGUAUAACAAAAUUGCUUAUUCUUGGUGGAGCAAUCGCUCUUGCUUGUAGUCUUGACCGUGGACUAUUAACUAAAACAGUUAUAAUUGGAGUUGGUCGGAAAUUUGCAGGAAUUGGGAAGCGUCUUUGAAGACAGAAAAUAAAACUGAUGGUCUGUGUAAUUAUGUUAUGUUUUGUAGUAGAUGGGCUGCAAUGGCAUGGAGGGGCAUUUCUCGCAGAGGUCCAACCAAUAAUUCAGUAAAAUGGGCGUUUCUUCCAUCUGUUCUUGAUUCUAGGAGGAUACAAGUAUUAUUUUUUUGAACGGAGUAUUUCUUACGGGCUGCAAUGGCAUGGAGGGGCAUUUCUCGCAGAGGUCCAACCAAGAAUUCAGUAAAAUGGGCGUUUCUUCUAGGAGGGUACAAGUAUUAUUUUUCUGAACGGCGUAGUUCUUACGGAGUAUUUCUUAGUAAGUUAGUAACCUGUAUGACCGUAUCAUCUAUUUAUUAUAUUUAUAUUUACUAAAAUAAAUAAGAAUGAAUGCAUCAUCUUGUAAAUGAAUAUAAUGAAAGAGAUAUGAUGAAUUUUAGAGUACAUUCCCAAAUCGGUUGUUAUAUACUUAUAUUUAUGAACUUCUGAAUGAAGAAGUAGCUGUUGAUUUAUGUAAAAU